UUCUCCGCUGUACUCUUCGAUCUCUCCAUUUCUUCUUUGCUGUGUAAGUGUGAGUGUUCCAAUGGCCAUACAACCCGAGUUUGAGCAUCCGAUGAAGGCCUUCGGAUGGGCUGCUAGGGAUUCUUCCGGGCUUCUCUCCCCUUUCAACUUCUCCCGAAGGGAAACCGGAAUAAACGAUGUGGCGUUCAAGGUGCUCUACUGUGGAAUAUGCCACUCCGACCUCCAUAUGCUCAAGAACGAAUGGGGCUUCUCCAUCUAUCCACUCGUACCUGGGCACGAGAUUGUUGGGGUGGUGACAGAAGUGGGAAGCAAGGUACGAAAAUUCAAAGUGGGAGACAAGGUUGGUGUGGGAUGCAUGGUGGGGUCUUGCCGAUCCUGUCAGAGUUGUUCCGACGACCUUGAGAACCAUUGCUCAAAACGCAUCCUCACUUACGGUGCCAAGUACGAUGAUGGAACUAUCACAUAUGGAGGCUACUCCGACUUCAUGGUCACCGACGAGCACUUUGUGGUUGGUAUUCCAGAAGCGUUACCUCUUGAUGCUGCGGCUCCUCUGCUUUGUGCUGGGAUCACUGUGUACAGCCCUCUCAGAUAUUUUGGUCUCGACAAGCCAGACCUUCAUGUGGGUGUGGUCGGUCUCGGUGGCCUCGGCCACAUGGCAGUCAAGUUCGCCAAAGCUUUUGGAGCAAAGGUCAGUGUCAUCAGUACUUCUCCUAACAAGAAGAAGGAAGCCGUUGAACAUCUAGGAGCUGAUUACUUUGUUGUCAGCCACGAUCAAGAUCAGAUGCAGGCUGUGAUGGGCACCUUUGAUGGUAUAAUUGACACAGUUUCUGCAAUGCAUCCUCUCUUGCCUUUGAUUGGUCUAUUGAAGCCCAAUGGAAAGCUUGUGUUGGUUGGUGCGCCUGAGAAGCCUCUGGAACUGCCAGUAUUUCCGUUGCUCAGGGGGAGAAAGACAGUUGCUGGAAGUGGCAUUGGAGGGAUGAAGGAGACGCAAGAGAUGGUAGACUUUGCUGCAAAGCAUAACAUAAGACCUGACAUAGAAGUGAUUCCAAUGGAUUAUGUGAACACUGCUAUGGAGCGUCUCCUUAAAGCUGAUGUCAAAUAUCGUUUUGUGAUUGAUAUUGGCAACACAUUGAAGCCAGCCACUUAAAUUUGCUCGCGAUUCAAGAUUUCUGGGAGUACUUGCAGCUGGUUUAAUUUGUGCCGAUGAGAGUAUCAAUAUUCAGCUAUAUAUAUAUAUAUAUAUAUAAAGCCUGUCAUAUUGAUUUAUGCAUACUAUUCCUUAUUGAUUCCUGCGAGGGAUUGUGGGUUGAUUAUAUGUAGUCUGCAUGAAUAAAUGAAUGCACUAAGGUUUAGCAAGAUCGAGAGAGUGGCUGUGUAAUUUUUUAUUUUUAUUUUUAUUUUUUACUGGAAGAAAUAAAUGAAGGAUUGCUUCUGGCCUCCUCUUGAAUUA